GGAGGAGGAGGAGGGAGGAAGACAAGCGGCGGCAGCGCUUCGGCCGUCUUUACUUUCCUCUCGCGGGCUUGCUCGCGCUCCUCAAGGCCUCCAUGGCGCCACAUCCGGCGCAGACCGGAAGUUACCUCGGCCUGGCCGCUUCGCCCUCCCUGCCUCCCUCGCGAGCGCGGGGCAUGGCGGGAACAGGGUUGGUCGCCAUGGAGACGGGUCUGGCCUGGCCCGCCCGGGCCUAGCGAAGCCGCUCCUACCUGCCUAGGACACCGCUUGUUCCAGCCGCUCUGCCUCAGCAGGAGAGGAAGGCAUGGCUGCCUGUGGGAAGGGGCCGGUUGGCGUCGCGGGCCUACGGCUGCUACUCGUCCUGUUUUAUCUCGGCGGCGUCGGCGGCAGCAGCGGCAGCAGUGACUUGGACCCUGCUGGAUACUUGCUCUAUUGCCCCUGCAUGGGUGAGGCGCGGGUGUGCCUCCCUUGUUCCGCAGCUCGAGGGCGCGGCUGGAGAUUUGGGAACCAAGCAGACCAUUUUCUGGGUUCUUUGGCGUUUGCAAAGAUGGUAAAUCGGACCUUAGCUGUGCCUCCGUGGAUUGAGUACCGGUAUCACAGGCCUCCCUAUACAAAUCAACACGUUCCCUACAAAGAAUACUUCAAGGUUGCACCUCUCCAGGAGUACCACCGAGUCAUCACUUUGGAGGAAUUUAUGGAAAAGUUGGCACCCAUCCACUGGCCUCCUGGCAAGAGAGUGGCAUACUGCUUUGAAGCAGCAGCUCAGAGGAGCAUGGACAAAAGGACUUGCCCCAUGAAGGACGGAAACCCCUUUGGGCCCUUUUGGGAUCAGUUUGCUGUGGAUUUCGAUAGGUCGGAGCUGUUUGGAGGCCUCUCCUUCAGUGCCUCUUACAAGGACCACUGGAUCCGAAGGUUUCCAUCCUCUGAACAUCCUGUGGUUGCUCUUCCGGGCGCACCAGCCCAGUUUCCUGUUUUGGAGGAGUAUCGGUCCCUGCAUCGGUAUAUGGUAUGGUCUGAUGAGAUGGUGGACAAGGGCGAGUCCUAUAUCAAUUUGUUCCUGGUCAGACCCUACGUGGGAAUUCAUCUGCGCGUGGGUUCAGACUGGAAAAACGCAUGUAAUAUGUUGAAAGAUGGCACUGCUGGGUCCCAUUUAAUGGCUUCGCCACAGUGUGUGGGCUAUGAUCGGAACACUGCUGCACUCCUUACCAUGGACAUGUGUCUGCCAAGCUUGAAAGAGAUAAAGCGAGCCCUUAAACUCUGGGUGAAGAAGAUAGAAGCAAAAGCUGUGUACAUCGCCAGUGAUUCUGAACCUUACACGAAGGAUAUACAGCAGCUUUUCAAACAAAAGAUAAAAGUGGUGUACUUGCAGCCUGAAGUGGCCCAGGUAGAUUUGUACAUUCUCGGCCAGUCUGACCAUUUCAUUGGAAACUGUGUUUCCUCUUUCACUGCCUUCGUGAAACGAGAACGCGAUGUGCACAGGAGACCGUCCUCUUUUUUUGGCAUGGACCACCCACCCACAUUGCGAGAUGAAUUGUAGCCCAUAGCGGAAGAGAUGCUCUUGGAUCUGACAUAUGCCUCUAUCUGACUAUCCACAUAUGCCUCUGAUAAAUGCAAGGUCUUAUUGAGAGUAAGCAUUACCUGUAUUUAGAUCCUGCCAAUUCAUCCUGAUGGCAUUUCCUGAAUGUUAUCAGAAUGUGACCUGAAAGGAGAAGGAGACUGACUAACUUCCAGGAAAUAUUCCUUUCUCUCACAGUUGUGGCUGAAUCAGCCCAUCCACUCAAUUUGCUACUUUAUGCUACUUGGUUAUCUCUUCCCCUUUUGGUGCUGUCUUGCUACCUCUCCUGGAAUUAAUGACUCAUCUGAUGCUUCCUUAAUGCACAGUAUUCUCACAACUGUAUGAUCCACAACAUGAAAUGUUCUGUAAUUAAGAACUGGGAACAAGGAGAUUCAUUCUGCAUUGUGCAACUGACUGCCAUUUGCCUUGUGUGCUUCAGUUUACUAAGCUGCAAAAUGGACUUAACCCCCAUUCUCUUCCCCCUACCCCUGCUGGGAGUGGGAAGACUAAGAGAAUGAUUCUGUGACACAUUUUUGCAUCUCCAGAGAGGUGUUAGUCCUAGCAACCAUGGUGCCUUGUGGACCAGCAGUGGUGCUGCAGUAAUCUCCAGUUAACAAGACUGCUGAAACCUGAAUGGGGUGUUUUUUCCCCUUUAAAAUAAACAUAUUAUGUGAGAGUUUUUAAAGCAGCUUCAUAUUUUGCAAAAUAGGCAGUGUAAACACUGUACACAAUAUAAAACACAAGAAAUAACCUUUUGAAAUACCAUAAUCACUCUGGAUUCAAAUAUCCACAUUUAUUGAACACAUUUAAAACUUAGUUGAGAGCCCAGUGUAUCAAUUACAAUUUGAGUUGUUUGCAAUGGGUAAGCAAUCAAUUUUUCUGAGCUCUCCCCUUUGGAAACCCAGUCUGGUCUCCCAUCUUGACAUUUUAUUGCACUGAGUAGGGAGUUGGACUAGAUGAUCUCCUCCAGGGUCCCUUGGGACUCUGGUUAUAGGAGCUAUCAGAACAAAUAGUCUUUUUUAGUGUACACUCAUCAUCUUUUAAAGGAAUAGCCACUUAGUCCGCUUUGAAUUUCAGAUAUUUACUUUGAGUCUUUUGAAAGAUAGUAGAUCCUGGUUUUUUUAAAAAAAAUCAAAAGUUCUUCUGCCUUUCUCUGAAAUUAUGAUAAAAGUUGUUUUGUACAUCUGAAUUACAACCACUAAAUUACCUAUAUAAUUUCCCACAGAAUAAACCACAGCUAGCAGAUCUGCAGACUGUCCGGUCCAGGUCUUGUUCUCCUUCCUGAUCACAUCAGUAGAGAUUUUGUAUAGAGGCAGCAGCAGCAGCAGCAGCAUCUCAUCCCCUGAUAAUUUUCUGCCCCAUGCAUUCUGAACAUUGAUUGUCAAACUGUCCUGGCUGCUGACUGCAUGUUCAAACUAUCUGUAUGUCAGAGUCCAUAUAUUAAGAUUGAAUAAGAGGAAGAGUUCUUGUUUCUGAAGGUAUCUACUUGCUUUACUAGGCUUGAAUUGCAUAGACUGCACUUUUAGCCUGUAUCUUUUUACGGUGUUACAGAAGCCCAUUAAAAUAGUACAACAGUUAAAACUGUAAAAAAAACAGUUAAAACACCAAUCAAAGAGGAGUCUCAAACCAGGUGAUCAGUAUUGCAGUUGGACUUUUGAUGGCUUGGUUACUUGUGGCACCAUUAUUGCCUCCAGUAUUUUUUGUUUUCCUCUUGUCAGAUAACCAUCUUAUGAAAAGACAUUGUCUCAUUAACAAUUCCCACUCUUAUUUCUUCUAAAGUUUGCAAUCUUUUUUGCCCUCAGUGAAGCAGGAUAAAUGCUGAGAGCAGACCAGUGAGCACUUUGUUAAGCAGCCACUGCAAGCUUAUGCCUGGUUGUGUGUUGAUAGGGCAGUAGUGAGGAUGCAGCGAUCCUCUGUAGGAAAUCUGAAUGCUCACCAAAGUUACUUUGAACUGUUUCUUGCUUUGCCUUUUUCAGUUUUAGAAAUGCCCAGGUAUCUUCUGUGCUUCAGAAUUGCAAUUCUGCAUUCAAUUCUUGCUUGAUGCACUAACAGGAAGAGAGCACACUUCAUUAAGUAGCGUACAUCUUUCUAAGCAAAUUCUACUUUCACUCUGUUUUUCCCACCAAGCAAGCUGGGAAUGUUGAGCUGCUUGAAUUUCUGUUUAUGAAUAUCUAAAUCAUCCUUCCCCAACCUGGUGCCCACCAGAUGUCUGCAGUGACUCGGGAUUAAUGGGAGUUGUAGUCCAAAACAGCUGGCAAACCCCAGGUUGGGGAAGGCUGAACUAAACAAUGUGAACACAGGAAUGACAGGUAAUAACUACCUUUCAUCACUUAACUAUUAGUGUGGUGAAUUAUCGCUGCUAUGCUACAAACCUGAAACUGCAGCAUUAUAUUUGCUGGAAACUUUUUUCCCUCAUUGAAACAGAUGUCUGGUUAAAAUUUCAGUCUUGCAGAUAUAGACAAGCACCAGACAUAAGAGAAAUCCAGCACCAGUAUACUAGUUUGGUAGAUUCUGCCACUGAAUCAGAUGUUGGCACAUUGACUGAAAAGACAUCCAUAAUGUGGACAAUGAUGAUCAAUCAUGUAAAUUGCUAGAAAUGAAAAAAAUCCCCAAUAAAUUUUUGAAUAAUGUUAAUAGAAAAUACGAAACAAGGAAGGCUGAGGCUGUGAUAGGAGAUGAUCUUUGCCUUCUUGUAGGUGGGAUCCUCUCUUCUGCUUUGUUGAGCUUCUGAAUGAAUAUAGUACUUUGAUUCCAAAGAUUAAUAAGUGUCAUAAUAUUUUGGUCUGGAGCAGCAAGAACAAAUGUUACUCUUCUGAAAUUUGUCUGCAAGUAUAGAGGCUUUAUUAAAAAUAUAAGCAUUUUCUUGAUGGGGCAGUCAAAGGUCUAUCUGGAUCUAAACUUCUGUUCCCAGAAGCAGCCAGCCAGAAGUCCCUGGCAAGGCUUGAAGGCAACAGCCCUCCCCACCUGCCUUUCUCCACUAUCUUUUAUAUACUGUUAUCCUGAGGUUCUGAUUAGCUGUCAUCGUUAAUAGCCAUUUAUAGACAUAUCCUCCACUAAUUUGUCCAAUGCCGGAUAAACUCAUGGCUAGUUCCACAUCUUGUGAAAGCAAGUUCCAUAAAUUCAGUUAUGCUCUGUGACAAAACUCAUUUGUUUUGUCAGACCUAAGCCCUACUGCCAGUUUAUUUCAUUAGAUGAUCCUGGGUUCCAGUAUUAUGAGAGGUAAAGGGAAUCUCCCUCUUUGCUCUCCACACCAUUCAUAAUUUUGUAAACCUCUAUAAUGUAUAUGAACUUGUUCUGUAGUUUAUAUAUUUAUAUGUAAAGCCCAUUGCCUCUUAGCCAGCACUGAAGCAUCAACAUUCAUAUCUGGAGGCUUCCUAAAGGGCAUGAGAGCCCUUUUGAAGCAAAAGAGAAAUUCUGUGCUAUAUCUUAAAUAUAGCUUGCCUCUAUAGAUAGUAAGAUGUGCAAGGAAAUUCCAUUCUCCAUUUUUAAAUGUCGCUAAUGAAUUAGUUUUUAAGGCUACGAUCCUAUACACAGUUACUUGGAAGUGUCCCACUGAACUCAGUAUGACUUGCUUCUGAGUAGAUGCUCGUAGGAUUGUGCUGUUAAUAAUGUUAAUGAUGUUGACCACAUGGAAUUUGCAGGGGUACAGUUACAUCCGUGCCAUGAUAUAGUAGUCGUUUAUCCAUUAUGUUUGUUGGAAAUUGUGAGGAGCAGCCCCACAAUUAAUUGUUCAAACUUCAUUUAUGUGGCUGGCUCAAGAUGGAGAACAUAUGGGGUGUUUGUGUGCUAUGCACAAUAUCAGAAGCCAUAUUUUAAUCUUUUUAAAAGCAAUAAAUGUACAGAGAAUAACAUUGUAAUUACUUCCAUUAAAAAACAAAAAUCUA